GUCACUUCAACCGCAUUUUUGCAGUAUACUGGAGACACGAAAAUAAAAAUGACUAAAGAACUCAUCCUCAAACUUCAUCUUCUCUUAGGAGUUUUGAGUGCUCCUGUCUGUAGUGAAGAGUGGACAGCCUCAGUGCAGAAAAACUUGGAGGCGUUGGUCAGCUCUUGUGUGGUAGUGCCAUGUUCCUUCAGCCACCCAAAGGAACGCCUGCCCACCUCCAGAAUGAGGGCCCAAUGGCAUCGCUCCAAAAACAGUCAGGAGCUCAUCUAUUAUGAGGACAACACCAUGGUUUUAGAGAGCUUUAGGGGCCGCACCCGCCUCCUAGGAGAGCUGGGUAAAGGCAACUGCACACUAGAAAUCACAGAAAUCAAAAACCACGACAACGGGCCCUUCUGUUUCCGCAUCGAACUGGCCCGAACGGAAAAGGACACCAAGACUGCAGACAAGUUCUCCUUUGUGGAUGACUGUGUGACUCUGAGCAUGCUCUCCAGCCCGAUGACCCCAUUACUGACAUUCAAAGACCCCGUUGAGGGCCGUCCCUUCAGCAUCAGCUGCUUUGUUACUCACACCUGUCCCACCUUCAAACCCAAGCUCAAAUGGAGCAGCCCAGAGGGCGAGAUCACCGAGAGUCACAGGGAAGUACACAGAGGAGUUUGGGAAGUCAGUUCUGUCCUGACCUUCGUCCCUGCAGAAAAAGAUGACCACAAGAAGGUCACCUGUACAGCUCACUUCAAAGGAGGGGAGACGUCUACCAAGGAAAUGACUCUCUAUGUCAAACGUGUGGAAAACUACAACCACAUCAUCAUUCCUGUCAGUGUGGCUGUUGGAUUAGCAGUCAUUUUUGGAGGAGUGUGUUUCCUAACAGUGAAAAAAUACAAGAGACGCAUUGAAGAGCUACAAAACCAAGAGGGCAAUAUGUUUAACAGGCUGUCCAGGCUGUCUCGGAGGAUCCGAAGUCCAAGAGAAAUCCAUUCUGGACAUAGGCCCCAAAACAAUGACACUAAUUUUUCAAAGCCUCGUUUUCCAUCUCCAAAAAGUAAGCCUAAAGGAUGCUCCUUCAAUGAGGAUGAUGGUGAUGAUUACAUGAAUACGGCUGAUCUGAACGUCUAUGGGAACCUCUGAAGAGAUUUUCAAGCAUGUUUUGUACAUUUUCAAAAAAGUUGAGAAAGAAAAUAGGCAAUAACUUCAUGUUGAUGUUGAAAAUCUGCAUUUUUGCAACAGUAACACCACUGGUUUGUCCAUUGCUUUGUCCAUAUCUCAUAGAUCAACAUUAAGAUAACAAGUCUUUCAUAAACCAAACACAAAAAACUUUUCAGGAAACAUAGCUUCAGUUUCUUUUUUUUUUUAGGGUUAGGCUUUUAUUUUGGCAAAAUAGUGACUAAUCUGUUAGCUUUGAAGUAUAUUUAGUCAACU